AUGAAGGGAUUUUCUAAACUCCUCACCGCCGCGCUCAUCGGCACCGCGGCCGCUGCCCCCCCGGAGCCACCGACCAAGGUCUUGGCCAAGCGUGCCGCCCCGACGGUCACCAUCUCGACCGGCACCGUCAUCGGCACCGACCGCAUUGUCACCGAGGCCUUCAACGGCAUCCCCUUUGCCAAGGCCCCGACUGGCAACCUCCGUCUGCGCCCUCCCGUCCGCAUCAAUGAGUCCCUGGGCGUGAUUGAUGCCACGGGCAUUGCCCCGGCUUGUCCCCAGUUCCUGGCCGAUGCUAGCUCGAAUGAGUUUCUGGCGCAGGUCUUGGACAAGGUUACCAACCUGCCUUUCUUCCAGAAGGCGUUGAAGAUCACUGAAGAUUGCUUGACCGUUAGCGUUAUCCGGCCUAAGGGUGUCAAGGCGGGUGAUAAACUGCCUGUGCUUUUCUGGAUCUAUGGCGGUGGUUUCGAGCUCGGCUGGAGCUCCAUGUACGACGGCGGUCCGCUCGUCGCCAGCGCAACCUCCCUCGGCAAGCCCUUCAUUUUUGUGGCCGUCAACUACCGCGUCGCCGGCUUCGGCUUCAUGCCUGGCAAAGAGAUUCUCGCCGACGGCGCCGCCAACCUGGGCCUGCUAGACCAACGCAUGGGUCUCGAAUGGGUGGCCGACAAUAUUGAGGCCUUCGGUGGCGACCCCAACAAGGUCACCAUCUGGGGAGAGUCGGCCGGCUCCAUCAGCGUGUACAAUCAAAUGGCCCUGUACGACGGCGAUAACACCUAUAAGGGCAAGCCUCUCUUCCGUGCUGCCAUCAUGAACUCGGGCUCCAUGAUCCCCGCCGAUCCAGUUGACUGCCCCAAGGGCCAGCAAGUGUAUAACACUGUCGUCGCCAAGGCCGGCUGCUCCGGUGCCGCCGACACGUUGGCUUGCCUGCGCUCCCUGCCCUACGAGAAGUUCCUCCGGGCUGCUAACUCCGUCCCCGCCAUCUUGUCCUACAACUCUGUCGCGCUCUCCUACCUCCCCCGUCCCGACGGCAAGGUCCUGACAAAGUCGCCUGACCUCCUCGCUAAGGAGGGCAAGUUUGCUGCGGUCCCCAUGAUUAUCGGGGACCAAGAAGACGAGGGCACGCUCUUCUCGCUCUUUCAGACUAACGUCACGACCACCGACCGUCUCGUCACCUACCUCAAGGAUAUCUUUUUCCACAAUGCCUCCAAGAAGCAGCUCGAGGACCUCGUCAACACCUACGAGCCGUGGGUCUGGGCCGGCUCACCCUUCCGCACCGGUCUGCUUAACGAGGUCUACCCCGGCUUCAAGCGUCUCGCAGCAAUCCUUGGUGAUCUCGUCUUUACCCUCACCCGCCGCAUCUUCCUCGAGUACGUCACCGCCGCGAAGCCGAACGUUCCCGUCUGGUCGUAUCUCGCCAGCUAUGACUACGGCACGCCCAUCUUGGGUACCUUCCACGGCUCGGACUUGCUGCAGGUCUUCUACGGUGUGCUUCCCAACUAUGCCAGCAAGAGUAUUCACAGCUAUUAUGCCAACUUUAUCUACAACUUGAAUCCAAACGAUGCUUCGGGUGGUACUAGCUCCAAGAGCAAGGUGUCGGAGACUUGGCCGCAGUGGACGAGCAGCACGAGGAAGUUGAUCAAUUUCUUUGCCAACAGGAACGAGUUCAUUAAGGAUGACUUCCGCAGUGACUCGGCGGCGUUUAUUAGGAAUAACGUCAAUAUUCUGCAUAUCUGA